AUGUUGAUCGAUUCAAAUAUUCGAAAUCAAAUCUGUUCAAUCGAAAUACGAAAUGAUGAUCAAUGUUUUCAAUGCAAUUUAUUUUUCUCAUCUUUUCCACCAAAUAAAUUUCCAAAUCUUCAAAGACUUGUGUCGAUAUAUCCAUUAUUCGGAGAUAAAGAAGAUUAUUGGGCAUAUCCUUAUUCAUAUUAUGAACGAUGGGAAAAGGAUGAUCGGCGUAUACAUCUUAAAAUCAAACUAAGUGAUCUACCAUUAUCUCAAUUACGAACAUUAUCUAUCUUAAAUUUGGUUUCACUUAGAUCAAAUAUUCAUCAAACAUCAUCAAUCAUCAAUUUAGCGAUUUCAAAAUUUUAUUUAAAAGAUUCUGAGUGUCUUUUUAAUAACCUUCCUAUGUUAAAAUAUUUACAGAUUAAAUCUAUUGAUCGUUGUCUUGGAAAGAAUCCCAACAUAUUAUCAAAUUAUCAAUAUAGUUGUCAUCUAAAACAAUUAAUUAUUGGUCAAUUUACCGAUACGUUCGAGAACUUUGAAAUGUUUGUAAAACAAACACCGAAUUUAAAAAGUUUAACAUUCAUCAGUGAUAAUAAUAAUGAUAUAAAUAUCAUUGAUGCUAAUCGUUGGGAAUAUUUAAUAGUAUCGUCAAUACCUAAGUUAAAUACUUUCAAUUUUAAAUACAGUUAUUAUGAAGGAGCUCCGUAUUUUCGAUCCACUCAUGAAACCAAAAUCGACAAAUUUAAACAAUUUCAAAGUGAUUUUUGGAAAGAAAAACAUCAUUGGUGCUUUGAAUAUAUAGAAGAAGAUCAUUUAAUAUUGUUUUAUACAACACCUUAUAUAUGUGAUACAUAUCAAAUACAGUUUAAUUUUACAAAUUCUUCGAAUAAUUUAGUCAAUACAUUUGUUAAUGUUAAAAAUUUGAUAUUAAACUAUGAAGGAUUAGUCGAAAAUUCGAAGUAUUAUUUUAUAAAUGUUACAUCUUUAACAUUAAGUAAAGGUCAUUUUGAUACAUUGCUGACAACUGAGCAUAUUCAAUAUUUGAAAAUCAUGAUUAAUUUGUUUAAACUCAAACAUUUGGGUAUUCCGGAUAAUACAAAUGCAUCUUUUUUAUUAGAGAUAUUUAAAGAAACACUACAAUUAUCAUCAAUAUCAAUUAGUCCAAGUUGUCUUCAAGAGAUUUUAAAUAAUAAAGAUAUAUUCGAUUAUUUAACCAAAGCGAUUAAAAACUUCAAUUUCGUCAAAUACAACCGUAGUAUUGACGGGUCUUUCAAAAUGAAAGACUUUUGUAAAAUGUUUCCUAAUAUUGAACAUUUACAAUGUACGAUUAACGAUACAAAAAAAAUAUUCGUUAUUAUUGAUAAUUUACCAAAAUUAUCUACAUUAAAGAUAACAGAUGAGAGUGGAUCUGAGCUAUAUGAAAGUGAAUCUGAGCUAUAUGAAAGUACAUCUGAGCCAGAAGAACGAUUUUUAGAAUUUAAAAAUGAAGCGUCGAAAAGGAAUAUAACUUACGAUAUAAUUGUCAACCGUAUUGAGGGUGAUAAUCGGUAUGGGAGAUAUACGCCUAAUUUUCUGACCUUUACAACUUUAUUUAUUUGGAUUAACAACAAACAUACACUUGAUUCAGAAAUCCUCUCGUUGCAUUUAUAAUAUUAAAAUAUUUUUUUAAAUUAAAAAUAAAAAUAUUAACUUUUUUAUAAAGG